GAUGGAGGAAAUCCUCUACCCUCUGCUGAGUCUACAGCAAACAGAGGGUCACCGCUUUCCUUUUCCCACCGAAUUACAAAAGACGGACGUCCAGAGUCAUCCAAUCAAAGCAUAUUGGAACCUGGUUUUGAACCAGAAUAAGCUGGCUCUUCUUAACUAUACAAAGCCGCCAGGUUUCCAAUCGCAAUGUUACCGGAAACUUCAGCUUCUGGAUGUAUUGGAACCGUUCCUGCCUGGCCAGAUUCGCAUUCCAGAUAUUAACCACAUUGAUUACCUUUUCAACAACUACAAGACCGCACGCACCAUUGUCUCCUUCACGAAGCCAACCCUUGCUAGAAUGGUCUAUGACAACAGGGAUGGUUUAGCCGGAACUGGAAUUUUAAUUUCAAGACUCUUCAAGAAUGUGGCACCCCCACAACCUCUAGGAUCCAUCUGUCCAGCUCCACCUAUCUGCAAGCGAGGAAUAGCCCCCCUUCUUUUUAGAACCCAGGCAUGUUCUACAACUCCUACAGUUCCAGCUCUUCACACCAUUCUCCCGCAGGAAGGCCAAGAUCUCCCUACAGCUUUUCUGGACGAGCCUCUUGAACUGGAAGAAACCCAGUUGAUAGAAUCCUUUUGUGGUCUACCCAAGGAUGAGCAGAGCGCAAUAGUACAUAGAUUGGAUUGCCUGAAAACGCUACUGAGCAACCUGCAAGCUGGAAAUCCCAACUCGCUCACAAAUGGAGGGUCGCCACACCAUAACAGGCCGGCAGUCCUGGCUGCCCAACCAACUCAGACCCUUCAUCCUCUCAGCUUAACUUCCCUUAAGUGCGCCACUCAUCAAGUAACAGCUGAAAUAAACCUGACUUCUUUCACCAAUGCAGCUCAAAGCGAGGGAAAUAUGGCUAUUUUCAGGCACCCAGGAUGUGGGACCAAGCCCCUCGACGGCCCCUCCUGGACGGAAAUGCGUCAUCUGGACACUGCGGAACUGGGAUCCCCUGGGAAGACUCUGUGCCUACCUAGUACCUUGGCCUGUUAUGAUGGCCCAAUAUCAUCAAAUGUUAGCACCCAGAAUUUGGACACAGAGCUAAUCACAGUCCUGGGAAAUCCUAUGGAAUGACGGGAUCAAAACCCUAAUGGCACUGAUUUUAUCUUUUGUAUUUUUAUAUAUUCUUAAACACCUCUCCUAGAUAGUUUAUAUUAAACUUUUGAUACAUUCCCAAAAUACAGUAAAAUAAAGGGAACCCACAGAUGAAGAAAAAAUGAGCAUAGACAAUGAAACAUGUGCCACCCUCUUUUAUAAGCCUCCUCCCCUUUCUUGCUGUGGCCACUGGGAUUGAAAUAUUCUCUGAAGGGCAAUGUGGACAGAAGACAUAUUAGAUUUCUGGAAACUUUCUUAGAGAUGUUGCUAAAAAUAUUUUUGAUAUAGAUUGGACAGCUUUCUAAUGGGCCAAUGUAAUUGCUCUUCUUCACUUUCCCUCUCCCUGUAACCUUUCUAUGACCGAUGCAGGCUAUUCCAGGCCACAGCUCCAGUUCAAAUGAAUGAGUUCAGAAUGAAAUUAACAAGAUAUCAAUGGAAAAUUCAUUCAGAACUCAUUCCCAUUCUUUUUCACAACUAAAACAAACGAAACAAAUGGAUUUCACACAUUCACUUUUUAAUUUUUUUUUCCUAUUUAGCCUGCUGUUAGCAAUAAGCAAGUAUUAAGAGGAGGAGAAUUCUAUAUUCUUUUGAGAAAGCCCAUCAGUCUAGAUUGUGAAUGUUCCUACAGUCAUCCCUGGUGACUGCAAGAACCAUUAUGCUUCCCCUUGGAGCCCUGGAGCCAUAAGAAAGCAACUUUUAUGUCUCUUUUCUUGGGUGUUUCAUCUUGCUAAGGUGACUUGUGCAAUGUUCAGACUUAUCAUUACUGCUGUUAAGCACAACUGAUUUGCUGACAGAAACUGCCAUUGUCCUUCAUGUAAUGCCACCUCAAGAGCUGACUUUUGGA